UAAAUGAUGUCGGUGUUUGUUUUUUUUUGGUUUUUCUUUUAUAUUUUUAUUCGCCGAGAUAAUUCUCCAGAUUUGGUGAUGCAUGCUAUUCUUGUUGAUUGGGAUUCCUUUCAUUUUAGUCUAUCCUUCUUCAACUUUAGAUUGUCACUUUUCAUCUUAGCCUACCUUUUUCUUUUUCCUUUUCUUCUCCUGAAUGUCAAUUCUGAACAUUUGUUUUCUAGGGCUGUUGGUGUUGGGUCUUAAUCUGCAUUCUCUUUCCCUACCCCUCCCUCAUCGCAAAUUAAUAUUAUUUAAAAUGAAAAUUCGAUAACCUUUUAACUGUUACCAUGGUUUCUGAAUGCCCUGCAUGAGCAGAAAAGUACAGUGAGGAAUCAAUAUCAUCUUCCUGGUUCUUGUGCAGGGUCAGAAACCAGAAACCCAGAAACUCUUUUACUUUUUUUUUUUUUUCUUUUCUUCCUCCAGUAGACCAUGGAUCGCCGGAGUUGGCCAUGGAAGAAAAAGUCAUCUGAUAAAGCUGUUGUUGUAUCAGAAUCUGUUGGUGUCCCUUCUUCAGCUGCCUCUCAAAGUGACAAGGUGAAACAAGAUAGCUACAAAAAGCCAAACUAUGUCCAAAUUUCUGUGGAGUCAUAUUCCCAUUUAACUGGAUUGGAGGAUCAAGUAAAAUCAUAUGAAGAUCAAAUGAAAUCAUACGAAGAUCAAGUGAAAUCAUACGAUGAACAAGUGAAACGAUAUGAAGAUCAACAACUUGUAUAUGAAGAUCAAAUAAAGAAUCUAGAAGAUGAAGUGAAGGAAUUGAAUGAGCAGCUUUCUGAAGCCCAUUCAGAAAUGACAACAAAGGAGAAUCUUGUCAAACAACACGCAAAAGUUGCUGAAGAAGCUGUCUGUGGUUGGGAAAAGGCAGAAGCAGAAGCAGCAACCCUAAAAAACCAUCUAGAAUCAGUAACUUUACUAAAACUUACUGCUGAAGAUCGAGCUUCACAUUUAGAUGGAGCUUUAAAGGAAUGCAUGAGACAAAUAAGAAACCUGAAAGAAGAACACGAACAAAUCAUCCACGAUGUUGUUCUUGCAAAAACAAAACAAUGGGACAAAUUAAAACUCGAAUUCGAUACAAAAGUCUCAAAUCUUGAUCAAGAACUGAUGCGAUCAGCUGCUGACAAUGCUGCAAUUUCAAGAUCUUUACAAGAACGCUCAAACAUGUUGAUCAAAAUGAGUGAAGAAAAAUCCGAAAAGGAAGCAGAAAUCGAAAGGUUAAAAUCCGAUAUCGAAUCAUGUGAAAGAGAAAUCAAUUCUUUGAAAUACGAAUUACAUAUUGUUGCUAAAGAGUUGGAGAUUCGAAAUGAGGAAAAAAACAUGAGUGUUAGGUCUGCUGACGUGGCAAAUAAACAGCAUUUAGAAGGUGUAAGAAAGAUAGCUAAAUUAGAAGCCGAGUGUCAACGCCUACGUGGACUUGUCAGAAAGAAAUUACCGGGUCCCGCUGCUUUAGCUCAAAUGAAACUUGAAGUUGAUAGUUUAGGGAGAGAUUAUGGUGAGUCACGAGUCAAACGGUCUCCAGUCAAACCCCCGAGCCCACAUAGUCCACAUAGUCAACAUAGUCAACAUAGUCAAAGCUUUUCUUCUUUGCCCGAUUUUACCCUUGACAGUUUACAAAAUUACAAAAAAGAAAACGAAAUGUUAACAGAGAGAAUACUAGGAAUGGAAGAGGAAACAAAGAUGUUGAAAGAAGCUUUAGCUAAACGUAACACUGAGCUACAAGCUUCUAGAAACAUUUGUGCUAAAACAGUUAGUAAACUUCAGAGUCUUGAAAGUCAAGUCAAAGGGUAUUCUGGUCAAAUUCAAAACGCAAGUAACGCGCCUAGUGUGGCUUCCUUUUCUGAAGAGGGUAAUGAUGAUGAAGUUAGUGUCACAGGUUCUUGGGCUACAGCUUUGAUUUCUGAGUUGACUCAUAAUAAAAAAGAUAAUAAUAAUAAUAAGAUUCCUGAAAGUCCUCAAAGAUCUGAAAAUGCAAACAAUUUGGAGCUCAUGGAUGAUUUCUUGGAGAUGGAAAAGCUAGCCACCGACUCAGUGAGUAAAGAAACCCCGGAGACCGAAGAAUUAAAUCCAAAGGGUAUAAACGUAAUUUCACACGAUGAUCAAGAAUUGGGUGAUGCGAUUUCUGGGAUUUACAAUUUUGUAAUGACUGUGGAAAAGGAAGCGAAAUCUGUGGUUGGAAUUGAAGAGAAUGGGUUUGUGCAAAAGGUCGAGGGGUUUUCGGUCAUUUACAAAGAGAUUGAGGACAAAAAAGUAAAAUUGCAAGAUUUUGUUGUUUCUCUUUCUGGUGUUCUUGGUAAAGCUGGUGAGCUUCGUUUUACUUUUGUGAAUGAUGCUGAAACAAGUAGUCCAGAUUGCAUUGACAAAAUCGCUUUACCUGAAAAUAAAGUUGACUAUUCAAAUUCAACUCAAUUUUCAGAUUCCACUUCUGACCCUGACAUACCCCAUGAAAAUGAAAACUCUGUACCUACCUCUGAAACAACAGUUUCACCUUGGAAAUGUUCAUUUGAGGAGUUUGAAGAGUUGAAGUUAGAAAAAGAGAAGAUUUUUAUGGAUCUUGAAAAAUGUAAUGAGAAUCUUGAAAAUACAAAGCUACAGUUGAGUGAAACUGAGUUGACUUUGACUGAAGUGAAAUCUCAGUUGACCAAUGCUCAAAAGUCAAACGGGUUGUUUGAGACUCAGCUUAAGUGUAUGGCUGAAUCUUAUAAUUCACUUGAAGUUCGUGCAAAUGAGUUGCAAAAUCGGGUGAAUGUUCUAGAAGAAAAGAUUACAAUGUUGGAUAAUGAGCUGGAAGAAGAGAAGAAGAAUCAUAAGGAGACUGAGGAAAAGUGCAAAGAUCUUCUAGAACAAUUGCAAAGGAUUGAAACUGAAAACACCCCACCUCCGGUUGCUGAGACGGAUGGUAAAAGUAACCAGGAGAGAGAAUUAGCAGCUGCUGCAGAGAAAUUAGCAGAGUGUCAAGAAACAAUAUUCCUCCUAGGAAAACAGUUAAAAGGCAUGCGACCUCCAACAACUGAAUUCAUGGGGUCUCCAAUUCGAGAGACAAGUCAAAAAAGUCAAACUUUUACAGAAGAAGAUGAAGAAGAAGAAGAUUAUGAAGUAACAACAACAAGCAAUGGAAUGAACAACAACAACAACAAUAAUAAUAAUAAUAAUAAUAAUUUAGUUCAUCAUAUGGGAAAUGAGUCUCCAUCUCCAGCUCAUUUAGAUCCAUGGGAUUCUGAAGGAAACAAUCUUUUAAAAUCACCAAUAACUUCAAGAACCUCAAAACAUCGCCCAACUAAAUCCGGAUCAUCUUCUUCAUCAUCAUCAAAUCCCACACCUGAAAAGAACAACAAUGGACGUGGAUUUAGCAGGUUCUUUUCCACAAAAGCAAAGUGAAAAAACUUGUGUAGAUACUACUACUUCUACUACUACUACUAUGGAGAUUUUGGGAUUGUUGCGAGGUAAAUUUUUAUUUUUUGUAUGUGGGUCUUCUUCCAUUUGUCUCUCUGAUGAAAGUAGUGUAUGGAUUGUUAUAUUGUUAUAUUUUUAUUUUUUUUUGUUGGUUUGUUUUCAGUGGAGAUGAUGAUGAUGACAUAAGUUUUUGAUGAAAUAUGUUUUUAACUUUUGAAGAAACAACUGUUGUUGUUUUAAGUUAAACGAAAACAGUGUGGUGAUAAUGGUUGGAUUUGCAUGGUUUUCAAUUUGGUUUGGUUGUUUUUAGAUGUGGUAAUUGUACAAGUUUGUAAAGGAAAAAAAAACGUAGGCUUAUAAGGUUCGAAUGAUUGUAUUUGCUUGUUUGCAAGUUUAAUAUGUUGUACUAUCUUAUUAUUUAUUAAAUUAAGGAUUCAUAAGGAGUUUCGAUGAAA